AUGAUUAACCUUGAAGUCCUCAUUUUGUCUCGGAACAAUUUCAGUGGUUCAAUCCCAGGAUGUUUGGUUGGUGAUUUGGAUUCCGAGUUUCCAUUUCCUGAGUUACGGAUCUUUGACCUUUCCGUUAAUGGGUUCACUGGAACUUUUCCAUCUAAUAUUUUCAAAAGUUUCAGAGAAAUUGCAAAGUUGCAGCAGCUCAAAACAUUAGAUCUCUCGUGGAACAGACUCAUUGGAGAAGUUCCUGGUCAAUUGUCGAGUUUGACAUUUCUUGAGGUCUUAAACCUUUCAUACAAUCAUCUGGCUGGGCGCAUUCCUAUUGGGAAACAUUUCAAUACAUUUCCAGAUGAUUCAUAUUGUGGAAAUCUUGAUUUAUGUUGA